AUGGACCAAAAACAUUAUUGCAGCCUAAUCAUGUUCGAUACUCCGCAAACAACAACCCACAAUUCUCUCUCCGAUACCGACCAAACCGCAGCCGUUCACAAGAGAAGAUGUCGCAAGCGCCACCGAUAUACCAAACUAAUGCGUAUUCCACGUCCACCCAACGCAUUUAUCCUCUACAGGAAGUUUAAGCAAAAAGACGUUAUGGCUAAUUACAAAGAUCUAACAAACGCUCAAGUCUCGAAAAUAGUAUCUAUUCUGUGGUGGAAGGAAUCCGAAGACGUCAGAUUCAAGUGGGAGAAAAUAGCCGACCGCGAAAAGCUUCGACACAUGAAAGAAUACCCCAACUACGUGUAUCAACCAAAGAAAUCCAAGCCUCGUAAGAUAAAGAGCAAAAAAAAGCAAGCUUAUCAUGAAACGGCGGCAGAAACUAGGAUUGUGAACGACGGCGAUACCAAUGUACCAAAUAACGGCAAAGAUUCCUCGUCAAUAAAACGUAAAUCACGUAACAACAACAAACAAGUCGAUCCCAGACUGGCUGCUAUAGCAGAUACCAUGUUUGCUGCGUCACAUAAUCCAAAGCCCGACCCACAUCCUAGCAAACCUAAAUGCUCUAAUCGAUAA